AACCCAGUCUUGUAAUUUGUUUGGAUUAUGGGAGAACAACUUCUCCACUGAAAACUGAGGACUGCUGCUGCCUAAAAUGUUUCACUUUUCCUUUUAUCAUAUACAAACUAUUGGGGCAUGGUAAUAGGCAUUCAUGAUUUAGGACAAAGUCUGUAUAUACUAUCAGCCCUGGCUUAAACCCUGAGGGAUCAGAAGUUUCAACUCUAAAGCUGAGUUUAUAUCUAUCUUAACCUUUGUUUACACCUAUGAUGUAUUUGCUGGAUGGUAGUUUGAAGAUCGUAGGGCUGGCUCUUAAGGAAGUUGAAAUUUUUACUUAAUGUAAUGGGGCUGGGAAGUGGGCAGGUAAAUACAGGCAUAAUAACAUAAAAUAGGGCUCAGUGCUGAAGUGGAAAUACAUUUCUGAUGUCUGACAACCAUGAAAGUGCUCUAGACCUUAAAUUGGAGCAAUAAAGAAUCCGUAGUGGGGGUUGGUUUUGGGGGGAGUACAUGGGAAAGGUGAUGUCUUUGGAAUACAGAGCAAAGUCUGAAAUUGUUUUAUAAAUUAUUGUAGCUAUGUAAACUAUUAAGUUACCUAAAUAGGCAAAGAGACUUUUUCAAAGACCAGCAUAUGAGAACAAAAGAAUCACUUCAGAAAGUGCUGUUUCCAAGUUUUAGUCUGAAGACCGAGAAUCCUAAAUAUACAAACUUUUGGCCCAAAUUCCAAAUAUACGAACUUUUGGCCCACAACUUCAGAGUUUGUGUCUACUUUGGUGAAAAGUCCAUUUUAUUGCCAUCCCUUUCUUGACAGCAAAAACCAAGGUCCCCAAAUAAGAGGCAGGUCCUCCUCACUGGGACAAAGAGGGGGGUCUAGGGGUCUGGUGAGUCCCAAACAGGUGCCCCUUCCGGCACUUAGUCUUUGGGAACACCUGUCCGGUUGUUCCGAAGGCGCCGGGCUGCUGGGAUCCUCGUCUUUCAGGCGGCAAGACAUUUGAUCCAUCUGGAGAACAAGUUCCCGGUUGCUCUAGACGCUCCGUUUACAGUGACGCUGCUGACGGCCCUCGGCUGAGCAGGCGCGGCUCGGCUCGGUUCUACUCGCGUCUAUCUCUGAAGGGCACAAAUCAGAAAGCACCAUGCCUCCUAAUAAAGAGGCCAGCAGUCUUAAUAGCUCCCCGGCGGGGCUCAUCUGCCUCCCUCCAAUCUCCGAGGAGCUACAGCUUGUGUGGACCCAGGCAGCCCAGACCAGUGAGCUGGAUGGCAAUGAACACUUGCUACAAACCUUCAGCUACUUUCCCUAUCCCAGUCUAGCAGACAUUGCCCUUCUCUGCUUACGCUAUGGGCUGCAGAUGGAGAAAGUCAAGACUUGGUUCAUGGCCCAGCGCCUCCGCUGUGGCAUUAGCUGGUCAUCUGAAGAAAUAGAAGAGACCCGAGCCCGAGUGGUCUACCAUCGGGACCAGCUCCAUUUCAAAUCCCUUCUCUCUUUUACUCAUCAUGCAGGGCGGCCCCCAGAGGAGGUGCCUCCUUCUCCGAUGCCACCUCCAGAACAAGUGGGUCUUGGAAUAGUGCCCCUGACUCUUAGUGAGCCCACCCAGAUGAAAGGAUUGAAGGUGGAGCCUGAGGAGUCCUCAGAGCUGCUGAGUCACCAGAAAGCAAAGGAACCCCUGAUGGCACCUGGCAGUGGGACAUUCCCCCACCAAUCCGAUUAUUGGCAGAAUCUUCAAAGCAGUGGCUUCUCUAAGGAGCAGGCAGGCAGGGGUCCCAACCAGUCACAUGGCCUAGGUUCUGCUUCAUGGAAUCACUCCACAGCUGUCCACCAGCCACAUGCUCGGGAUAAGCCCCCACCAAUGUCACUACUUGCUAGUAGCUGUAAGCAGGAGUCAGCAUCUAAUAUGACUCCUCCUUCUUCCUCUACCUCUUCUUCCACUUUCCCGGUACUGGCUAACGGAGCUACUGCCACCUCUAAACCCCUCCAGUCACUGGGCUGUAUCUCACAGCCACUGUCACCCAAUGAACAGGCACUGCCCCCACAUCUGGAGCCAGCCUGGCCCCAAGGGCUAAGACAUAACUCAGUAUCAGGUAGGGUUGGCCCUGCAGAGUACCUUUCCCCAGAUAUGCAACGCCAGCGAAAGACCAAGCGCAAAACCAAAGAGCAGCUGGCUAUCCUCAAAUCUUUUUUUUUACAGUGCCAAUGGGCACGGCGUGAGGAUUACCAUAAAUUAGAACAGAUCACUGGUUUACCUCGACCUGAGAUCAUUCAGUGGUUUGGUGACACACGCUAUGCCUUGAAGCAUGGGCAACUAAAAUGGUUUCGGGACAAUGCAGUACCUGGUGCCCCUAGUUUCCAGGACCCAGCAAUUCCCACACCCCCGCCUUCAACCCGCUCCUUGAGUGAAUGGGCUGAGACACCACCUCUGCCGAACCCCCCUCCCCCACCGGAUUUACGACCCUUGGAGAGGUACUGGGCAGCCCAUCAACAGCUACGGGAAAGUGAUAUCCCUCAACUGAGUCAGGCAUCAAGGCUUAGCACCCAGCAGGUACUGGAUUGGUUUGACUCUCGAUUCCCUGAGCCAGCUGAGGUGGUGGUUUGUCUAGAUGAAGAGGAGGAAGAGGAGGAGGAAGAACUGCCAGAAGACGACGAGGAUGAAGAGGAGGAGGAGGAGGAGGAAGAUGAGGAUGACGAUGAUGAUGUGAUCAUACAGGACUGAGUCGGGGGACUAGGGGAGGGAAGGUCUGUUACUAAAAGAUGAACCAACUUAGUAACUGUUUAAACAAAGAAACCACAUUUUUUUAAAUUACCUUGUGGCAAAGAACUGAAAAGCUUUGUGUUCUUGAGGUUGGGGAAUCCGGGAUGUAGUGAGGGUGGACCAGGGAGGAUGACCAUAGGACCCAGAGAGAGGUAGGGACUGGAUGAGCAGAAAUCAGGCCUCUCGUCUCAGUGAAGAGAGUGUUAAGGAUCUGGUCCAAACCAUGGGUUGGGGAAAAGCUUUUGCUCUCUUCAUGUCUGCUGUUCUUUUACCUUAGUGUACUGUGGAGAGCCCAGACCUUGGCCCCACAUCUCUAGGAGGACUGAAAAGGAGGAGUAAAGAAUUUUGAUUCAAUUGAUGAUUCCAGUGCAUCCCCCAGUCCCACCAUUUUCCCUGGAAUGUAAGGCUGCCUCACACCCCUUUUCUUUCUGAGCACGAGUCCAUGCAUAAUACAGCUAAGAGUCUUUGUAUGUCCCAGUCUCAUCACACAUCUUUCCCUAACGCACACCAACUUAGACUAUAUGUUCUACCUUCCUCGUUACUGAGUUGCACAGGUAGCAGAAUGUUUUCAUUUCUGAUACUGGGACCAUUUUGCCUUGUACUUUUUUUUUUUUUUAUCUUUUUCCAACAUCCCCAUUCUGUUCACUAUUUGUCUCAGGGUAAAUCUUCCCCAUGGAGCUUGUGAAAAGUUUAAUAAUUGGGUGGAGAAUAAUUUAGACUGGAUAUUUAUUGGAUGUGGGAAUUAGGGGAAAUGUCCUUAAAGUAGAAUUAGGUUGGAGAGGGAUGGUUUCUACUCUUCAGAAGAUGGGUGCAGGUAGGUUCCAGGUUUGGUUUUACAAACCUGAAACUCCCUCCUGCCUAGCUUGACAGAGACUAAUUUUUCAUCUUUUUGGUGUUGGUUCAAUUUGUGUCUGUAAUUGAGACUUUUUCCUCUCUUUAUAGGAUCUGUCUUGGGGACAGAGGGACCCUGGUCUUUAACUGAAUUGAUUAUUGAUGUUUUAGAAUGGUUUUCAUCAGAUGGAGUCAGAUAUAAAGAUAUCAAUGGGUUAACCAUCUAGAAAUAAGAAUGGAAGCCCCAGAUUGCUAGAAUAAUAAUAAAAGGCCACAAAUAAAAUUGUUUCU